AUGAGUAAUAGCUCGGACGAAAUUAAAGAGGGUACCUCAGAUGGACAUCGUAAAUACUUUAAAGAUGUUGAUUCGUUUGGCAGAAAGUCGAGAGAAAUUUCAGAAGCCUCUAACUCCAUAAUUCAAGACACAACAAAGGUUUUUAAAAACUCUAUUUUAAACGUUAAUUCUUCCAUCGAGAAAGUUAAUAAAACAAUGCUUCAAUAUAAUAAAGAGCUCGAAAUUGCUAAUAAUGAAGGAAGCAGUAGGGAAAAAAGGGCGCAACUAUCCAAAGGGGAUCGUGAAGAAAUCAAAACCAUUAGCAAGAAUGUGGAUGAAAAGGGAAACGAUGAUGAUCCAUCCCUUAGUAACGAGAGUUCUACCAGUUCUAAUUCAGGAUCAAUAUCAGGUUCAACACCACAAACCAUUAAUUCAGACGAAAAUUGUGAACCUGUUGUUGACUCUACCCAAGAUAUUGAGGCCACGAUCAUAAUUGAUGUUGAUGAAACACUCGAAACCUUGGCCAAGGAAACCCUCGUUAGAAAUGAAGAGUGGAUUAUUGGCUUUGGUAAGAUAAACGUUCGAGAGUCGCUAAAAAAAUGGAAGCGCGAAAAAGAUCGUCCUCAUAAUGAUCUUGGAUAUUAUGACAUCAUUGAUCUCACGCCCGGAUCUAAUAGUGAUUUUGUUAAUUCACUAUCGAAAUCCGAAUAUGAAGAAGUGAUAAGUUAUGAUCCUCCAAAAAUACCGAAUUUUAAUUAUGGUGAAAUCAAAGCACUAAUUGCGUCUGAUUUCCGAAAAGCAGUAAAUGAAAAUUUCAUGUCAACAAGAGGUGAUGAGGAUAAAGAAUUCGCGUGGGAUUUUGCUUAUCAUCUUGGUGAGGUAUGCUUAUACGCAUCGGCUGAAGACGCCGAUUUAAAGAAGAACGACGCAGAAGACCGAAGUUCGGGACGAAAGAUUGAUGCUGUUUGGGCCACAAAACCUCCAAAGAUCGGGAAAAUGUUAAAAAUAAUGUUAAAUAGGAUAGCUCGAGUUUAUGGUGGAGAUAGUACAAUUUUCAAUUUAUUGAAGCUUUACGCUUUGCAGAUUUAUGAUCACAAUGCAAUUGUAUACGAAAUGACCGUACCGUAUCGAGAAUUAUAUUUAUUUAGAGAAGUAAUACGAACGGAAUUACCAACAAGUCAAGAAAUGCUUUGUAAAAGUUUAAGUGAUCUACGUGAAUAUAUUAUGGAAGCUGGCUUACAUACACCACCUGAAAAAAUUAAAGCAUCUCUAUUUGUUACAGAAAUGACGUAUACGCCCCCAUCAAAAAAGGAUAAUAACAAAAAAGAGGCAAGAGAGGAGGGAAAAAAAAGUAGUAUAUUUUAUGUUGUUCAAUAG